AUGUUCUCUGAAGAGGACGCAGACUACGAGGCACUGCUGCCUGUGGAUGCACCCAAUGCGCCCCCCAAAUGUCGACGCCGUCUGCAACGCAUGGACGUAGCAUUAUUGUCAGUGAUCCUAUUUGUCGCCUGCUACGUGGGCGUCCGCCCGCCAGCGUUGCGUGUGUCCAAUCCACUGAUGCUUAAGAGCAGCAACUUCCAGUAUUUGACGUACGAUGGCAUCGACGCAACUAAGCGUCAAUCGGGCUACAGCGUGACCUAUUCACCCCGAGGUUUCGAGAUCGACGGCAAGCAGACGCUGCUGCUUGGAGGCUCCAUCCACUACCCUCGUAGCUCUCCAGGGGAAUGGGAACAGCUUCUUCGAGAAGCCAAACGAGACGGCCUCAACCACAUCGAGAUGUAUGUGUUCUGGAACUUGCACGAGCAAGAGCGCGGCGUGUUCAACUUCGCGGGGAACGCCAACAUCACGAGGUUUUACGAAUUGGCAGCGGAGGUGGGACUGUUCCUGCAUGUGCGGUUUGGUCCGUACGUAUGUGCUGAGUGGAACAAUGGCGGUCUUCCCUUGUGGCUUAAUUGGAUCCCAGGUAUGGAGGUGAGAUCGAGCAAUGCCCCUUGGCAGAGGGAAAUGGAGCGGUUCAUCAGGUACAUGGUGGAGCUGUCGAGGCCUUUUUUGGCGAAAAAUGGGGGGCCGAUCAUCAUGGCGCAGAUCGAGAACGAGUUUGCGUGGCACGAUCCAGAGUACAUUGCGUGGUGCGGAAAUCUUGUCAAGCAGUUGGACACGUCGAUCCCUUGGGUCAUGUGCUACGCUAACGCAGCUGAGAAUACUAUUCUCUCGUGCAACGACGAUGACUGUGUGGAUUUCGCUGUGAAACACGUAAAGGAGCGUCCUUCCGACCCCCUUGUUUGGACGGAGGACGAGGGCUGGUUUCAAACGUGGCAGAAGGAUAAAAAGAAUCCUCUGCCAAAUGACCAGCGCAGUCCUGAAGACGUGGCGUAUGCCGUUGCUCGGUGGUUUGCAGUGGGUGGGGCUGCCCACAACUACUACAUGUACCAUGGUGGCAACAACUACGGUAGAGCCGCAUCGGCUGGAGUGACUACGAUGUAUGCGGAUGGGGUGAAUCUCCAUUCCGACGGCCUCAGCAAUGAGCCGAAGCGCACUCACUUGCGAAAGCUUCACGAGGCUCUGAUUGAGUGCAAUGAUGUUUUGUUACGCAAUGAUCGACAAGUGCUGAACCCCCGCGAGUUGCCACUUGUGGACGAGCAAACAGUGAAGGCGUCAUCCCAGCAACGAGCGUUUGUCUACGGACCAGAAGCUGAACCAAAUCAAGACGGAGCUAUUCUCUUUGACACGGCUGAUGUACGCAAGUCAUUUCCAGGUCGUCAGCAUCGAACAUACACCCCGCUAGUUAAAGCAAGUGCUCUUGCGUGGAAGGCGUGGAGUGAGCUGAAUGUAUCGUCGACGACUCCAAGACGGCGUGUGGUUGCUGACCAACCCAUUGAACAGCUUCGACUGACAGCAGACCAAUCCGAUUAUUUGACGUAUGAGACCACGUUUACCCCGAAGCAACUGAGUGAUGUCGAUGACGAUAUGUGGACGGUCAAAGUGACCUCAUGCGAGGCUAGCAGCAUUAUUGCGCUCGUUGACGGCUGGCUCAUUGGCGAGAGAAAUUUAGCCUACCCUGGCGGCAAUUGCUCGAAGGAAUUCAGCUUCCACCUACCUGCUAGUAUUGAGGUUGGUCGGCAACACGACUUGAAGCUGGUGUCUGUGAGCUUGGGGAUUUACUCAUUGGGCAGUAACCACAGCAAGGGAGUGACUGGAAGCGUUCGAAUUGGACACAAGGAUUUGGCGCGUGGACAGCGGUGGGAAAUGUAUCCGAGUCUGAUUGGUGAGCAGCUCGAGAUUUAUCGUUCACAGUGGAUUGACGCGGUGCCCUGGACUCCCGUGUCUCGUGCCGCGGGUGGCCGACAGUUGAUGAGCUGUCGUCCUUACUGCUCGAUUUCAUCGGACUCACACGUGGCCGCGCGUAUAUUAACGGCCACGACCUGGGCCGCUACUGGCUUAUCAACAACGAGGGGGACUUUGUUCAACGCUACUACCACGUCCCACGCGACUGGCUGGUAA